AAUUAUUGCACAAUAACCCGACAAUGCCGAACGUUAAGUUUUACUACUUCCCCGUGAAGGCUCUUGGCGAGAGCCAGAGGCUGCUGCUGGCUUAUGGCGGCCAGGAGUUCGAAGACAAUCGCAUUUCAUCUGAAAACUGGCCAGAAUUCAAACCUAAGACUCCGUUCGGUCAAAUGCCAGUGCUGGAAAUCGACGGCAAGCAGUACGCUCAGAGCACCGCCAUCUGCAGGUACCUCGGUCGCAAGUACGGGCUCGCCGGGGCCAAUGACGAGGAGGCCUUCGAGAUCGACCAGAACGUGGAGUUCCUGAACGACAUUCGCGCCAGUGCCGCAUCGGUCCACUACGAGAAAGACGAGGCCGUCAAAGCUAAGAAGAGGGCUGAACUGGAGGAGACUAAAUACCCGUUCUUUUUCGAGAAACUCAAUGAGAUACUGACGAAGAACAACGGUCAUAUCGCGCUUGGCAAGUUGACCUGGGGCGACUUUGUGUACGCCGGCAUGUACGACUACCUGAAGGCGAUGCUCCAGAAGCCGGAUCUGGAGCAGAAGUACCCGGCCUUGAGGAAGCCCAUCGAGGCGGUCCUGGCCAUCCCCAAGGUCAAGGCCUACGUCGACGCGGCACCGAGCACAGAACUUUAAAAAUAUAUUUCCGUUCAAACACUAGAUUAGUUCCUUUGUCAACAAA